AUGGAAGAUCUGCUUAUUCCCCACUCUUCAGCGAGCAAGUCAUUUGCUUCUACCCUGGAAGAUUAAUAUUUUUUAUAUUAAAAGUUUUUUCAAAAAAUGGAAUUGAAAAAUGAUUUAAUAUCUAAACUUGCUUUAGGAUGCAAACUCUUUAAAAUUUAAUUGAGUGAACUAGAGAUUAAUUGUAAUCAUUUAUUAUUUAUAUAUUAAAUUCUUUUUAAAAAAUUAUAUUACAAAAAAUCGUCAUUUUUUAAUGAUUUUGCUUACUAUCGGAAACGGGGAGUUAGCAGCCUCUCAAUUUAUAAUAAAGUUGGAUAUGUUUAUAACCCAGCACUACUUCAGCAUAGAGACAAUCGUAACUUCUAAAAAGCAUAUGAAGAGCAUGUCGAGAAGCCUGAUCGCAUUGAAGCCGUGCAUUCAAAUUUAGAUGCUGAAGGAGUGUUGCCAAAAUUAAUAAGCAUUCCUGCUACUGAAGCUCCGCAAGAAGAAAUCAACAAAGUCCACUCAAGUGUUCACUGCGAAAAAAUGCAAAGCAUCAUCUUGCAGCCUGGGAAGGAAAACAAAAAAGCAAAAUAUUCUCUUAAUCCUGACUGUUACAAUAACUUUUAUACAUAUGAGUGCGCUCAUUUGGCUUGUGGAGGCAUGCUUAACGCAGUUAAAGAAGUCGCCAGUGGAAACAUUAGCUCAGCUUUUGCAAACAUCAGACCCCCAGGACACCAUGCAAAAAUUGAUGAUGUAGGUGGCUUUUGCUUUAUCAACAAUGUGGCUGUUGCAGCUAAGCACGCUAUUUCAAGUUUGGGUAUUAGAAAAGUAUUUAUCUUGGACUGGGAUGUACACCAUGGAAAUGGAACACAAGAUAUUUUUAAAGCAGACCCGAAUGUGCUUGCAGUCAGUCUUCAUCGCUACGACAAUGGAGACUUCUGGCCUGUAAAUUUUAUUUAGAAUGAAGCAACUUCUGCAGAGACAUUUAUUGGGGUUGAAGAAGGAAGAGGAUUUAAUAUCAAUGUCGCAUGAAAUACAGAAAAUGGCGCUAAGAAAUCACAGUUUGGAGAUAAUGAAUAUAAGUAUGCGUUUGAUAAUUUGAUAUUCCCUGUUGCAAAAGAGUUUGAUCCUGACUUAGUUCUAAUAGCGUGUGGAUUUGAUGCAAUGAGGAAUGAUCCAUUAGGUAAAAUGGCAUUGUCACCAGAAAUCUAUGGCUAUAUGACAAAUAAAGUCAUGGAACUAGCAGGAGGAAAAGUAGUUGCUGCGUUGGAAGGGGGAUAUAACUUAAAAAAUCUUAGGGCUGGUAGCAAAGCUGUUGUUUCUGCUUUGCUUGGUGAAGAAGUGAAGUCUUCAGGAUAUGAUGAGUGCUGUGAUUUGGCUAAGCAAUGUGUAGAAGCAUCUAUGAAAUCCGUUAACGAGUACUGGACAUUAAACUAG